AUGUCGUCCGCCGUCCGAGCCCUGCUGCUCGUGUUGCUUGGAGCCGGAGUCCUGCUGUCCAGUGGUGACUCUCCACGCAGGGAAAUUAAGAUUGACGGAGACCUUGUUCUUGGUGGCCUUUUCCCCAUCCACGAGAAGGGCCUGGGCAUGGACGAGUGUGGGCGAAUCAACGAGGACCGAGGCAUCCAGCGCUUAGAGGCCAUGCUCUUCGCUAUAGACCAUAUUAACCGGGAUGUCACCCUGCUACCAGGGGUCUCACUAGGGGUCCACAUACUGGACACGUGUUCCAGGGAUACGUAUGCGCUGGAGCAGGCGCUGGAGUUCGUCAGGGCCUCGUUGACCAAGGUGGAUGACACUGAGUUUAUCUGUCCCGAUGGUUCCUAUGCAUUUCAGGAAGACAGUCCAUUGGCUAUAGCUGGGGUCAUUGGAGGUUCCUACAGCAGCGUCUCCAUACAGGUCGCCAACUUGUUGCGCCUGUUCCAGAUCCCUCAGAUCAGCUAUGCAUCAACGAGUGCCAAGCUGAGUGACAAAUCCCGCUAUGACUAUUUCGCUCGCACCGUCCCUCCAGACUUCUACCAAGCCAAGGCCAUGGCUGAGAUCCUGCGUGCCUUCAACUGGACCUAUGUCUCUACGGUGGCAUCCGAGGGCGACUAUGGCGAGACGGGAAUCGAGGCGUUCGAGCAGGAGGCUCGCCUGCGCAACAUUUGCAUCGCGACCUCUGAAAAAGUGGGACGCUCGAAUGCCAAACGCUCCUCUUAUGAAGCGGUAGUGCGCCAGCUCCUGCAAAAGCCCAAUGCCCGGGUGGUUGUGCUGUUCCUGCGGAGCGAUGAUGCCAGGGAGCUGCUGGGUGCUGCUACCCGCCUCAAUGCUUCCUUUCUCUGGGUGGCCAGCGAUGGCUGGGGGGCACAGGAGAGCAUCGUUAAAGGAAACGAAUUUACAGCAGAUGGUGCCAUCACGUUAGAACUCGCCGCUCAUCCGAUUCCAGAGUUCAAUCGGUACUUCCAGAGUCUCAGUCCACUGAACAACCACCGGAACCCGUGGUACAAAGACUUCUGGGAACAGAAGUUCCAGUGCUCGCUGAGUGGAAAAUCGCACGACGUUGCAGAAACUCAGAAGCCUCCGUGUGACCCUGAACUGGCGGUGGACGAGUCAAACUUUGAGCCCGAGUCAAAAAUCAUGUUCGUGGUUAACGCCGUGUAUGCCAUGGCACACUCGCUACACCGCAUGCAGCGGUCACUAUGCACUAACACCACACGUCUGUGUGAGGCAAUGCGCAGUCUCGAUGGCAGGAGGCUCUACAGAGACUUCCUGCUUCAUGUCAACUUUAGAGCUCCAUUCUCUCCACACGGCUCGGAGAACGUGGUAAAGUUUGACCAGUAUGGUGAUGGCAUGGGCCGCUACAACAUCUUCAAUUACCAGAGGCUGCCGGGUAAUGAUAAGUAUGGGUACGUCCAUGUGGGCGAGUGGGCAGAAACCCUGUCCCUCAAUGAGCUCCUGAUGGGUUGGCCACAUGGAACAGGUGUGCCCACCUCACAAUGCAGUGACCCUUGCGCUCCAAAUGAGAUGAAGAAGAUGCAGGCUGGCGAGUACUGCUGCUGGAUCUGUACCCCUUGUGAGUCUUACGAGUACCUGCCAGAUGAGUUCACUUGUGCCCCGUGUGCUCAGGGUCAGUGGCCGCGGGCGGACCUGAGUGGUUGCUAUGACUUACCCGAGGACUAUAUUAUGUGGGAGGACGCCUGGGCUAUCGGGCCUGUCUCUAUUGCAUGUGUCGGCUUCAUUUGUACCUUGCUGGUCUUCGCGGUGUUUAUCCGCCACAAUGAGACACCGCUGGUCAAGGCUUCAGGUCGGGAGCUGUGCUACAUCUUGCUUCUGGGAGUCCUCAUGUCCUACUCCAUGACCUUCAUCUUCAUCGCCAAGCCCUCGCCGGCAGUUUGUGCACUGCGCCGCCUUGGCCUUGGUACCUCAUUCGCCGUCUGUUAUUCGGCACUGCUGACGAAGACCAACCGUAUUGCCCGGAUCUUCAGUGGCGUGAAAGAGGGAGGUGUGCAGCGACCACGCUUCAUCAGUCCGAGCUCACAGGUCUUCAUCUGCCUGGCGCUCAUCUCUGUCCAGCUUCUCCUGGUGUCCAUGUGGCUGCUGCUGGAGGUGCCUGGUACGCGGAGAUUCACCCUGCCUGAGAAGAGACAGACAGUCAUUCUCAAGUGCAACGUACGUGACUCGAGUAUGCUGCUCUCACUUAGCUACGACAUCGUGCUUGUGGUGCUGUGUACUGUCUACGCCUUCAAGACCCGCAAGUGCCCCGAGAACUUCAAUGAGGCCAAGUUUAUUGGCUUUACCAUGUACACCACCUGCAUCAUCUGGCUUGCCUUCCUGCCCAUCUUCUACGUCACAUCGAGUGACUACAGGGUUCAGACCACCACAAUGUGUAUAUCGGUGAGUCUGAGUGGGUUCGUGGUUCUGGGCUGCAUGUUUGCUCCUAAGGUCCACAUCAUCAUGUUUCAACCCCAGAAAAAUGUGCCCACCCACCGACUAAACCUGAACCGCUUCAGUGUCAGUGGUCCUACCCCUAACUACGCUUCACAAGCGUCGGUGAGUGCCCAGUUUGUUCCGACGGUGUGUAACGGCAGAGAGAUCGUUGACUCUACAACCUCGUCCCUGUGACCCCUCCACGACACCCGGUUCUUUAGCGACUGUUAGCACACAUUGUGCUCCAUCCAGGAACUACGCCCGCCCUCAGCGUGUAGAAAGUGUGUAUUAUUAUUGUUAUGUAUUAAAUUAUUUUAUAGGGCUUGUACAUAUUAACUAAAAUUGUUGUAGAGAACCAAUGGAGCAAAAAAACAUUUUUAGGUGAUUUUGACAUUGAGACUAUUGUUUUUGAUAGCUUUAUUAUGUUUGUAAAUUACCACAACAAUUACGGACUGUUGGAUUAUGAUGCAUUUUCUAUUGGAGGGAAUGCAGAGACUGAGGGGCAUCUGCAAUACUGGUCAUUUUUUU